AUGUCGAAAUCUCCACUGUUUCUGUUUUUGCUCUCAAAGAAAAAUCAAACAAUGUCCUUCAACGUGUUCAACGACGGUAGAGUGUCCCGGAAAUUACAUCGCAUCUCUCAACUAUACCAAAUCCAACCAAGUUUGCAUGGGGAAUCAGCUGUAAUUCAUUCGUUUUCGGACCUUUCUUCUUACAAAUCGCUAAUCUUACCGUCGAGCCAGUCAGUGACAACAUCGGCAUACGAUGAUGGUAAAAUAGAGGAAGUAGACUUCAAAAAUAAUAAUCCAAAGAACCCAACUAUAAUCAUAGGUCAUUGUCUAGUCAAUAACGGCGGUAUUCCAAUAAACAACUUAUCCAAGAUUCCUAGCUAUCAGUGGGGGUUCAAACAUGAAGAUGAGCUUCAGUCUGAUUUAUCAGCCGAAAUCAACGAGAACCAGUCAUCUUUAGGCUCUUUUAAUGGCACUUCUGUAUCCUCCUUAGCAAGAAAUGUCACGAGUAAUACAUCAAUGGGAUUGAAUUCUAGAAUGGUUAGGUUACCUAUUAAAAAUUCCAAUUCUGAAAACGUGAAUUUGUUUGAUAUCAGCAAUUACAAACCUAUAAAUGGCGUUAUUCAAGGUGGCGAAUGCAGAUCUUUAAUGAAUGGACUACCUUAUUAUAAUUUGAAAGAUGUGGAAAAAAUAAUCAGAGAUUUAAACCUAACUAAAAAGCUAAAUUUUAAAGCUUCAAAUACAAAUACCUCUUGGUUCUCAGACACUUUGAAUUCAACAAUUGACGAAAUCGAGUAUUUGCACGGUGAAGUUAUUUUAAACCAAUUCAUAAACAACAAAAGGCUAAUAAGGAACUACCAAUGGUUAAUUUACCUGACUAAUAUAAAAACUACCAGUAUACUGAACGACCAGAAUAACGCUAAUAUAAAUAACAACGAGGUCAAAAAGUUUUAUACCAUGAAAGAUUUCAAGAAAUGGCUCAGGUUGAAAACAUUAAAAUUCAAUGAAUUGCAGAAGGAGAAAAAUCAAUUGCUGGCGCAGUUGGAGCAGAUCAAACUCUCAAAACAAACAAAACGUAGUGAUUACAAGCUAAAAUUUUCCAAGCUACCACAAAAUUUAUCUGAUGAUGAAAUCGAUAUUUAUGAUUACAACGAAAACUACAGUACGCAAAGCAAUGGUAAGGAUAAUUUGAAUUUGGCCAUUCAAGUGUAUGGUGAAGAACUAAUCAACCGAGAACGCGAGUUGAGGAAGAAACUACUCAAAAUACCCGAGUUCUUGGAGGAAGUUGAUAUAGCAGACCUGACAGAUGAUCAUGAUGAUGAGAAUGAUAGUAGGAAAAACAGCGAAAAUAAUAACAAUAUCCCCGCUAGUGAAGUUCCCAAAUUUACUAGGUUCAAUUCAAAUAAAUCUUACAAUGAGAAUCAUGAAUACAUUAUUGAAAGAGAGAUCCCUAUAGACGACCCAAAAUUGAUGGACUUACAAACGAAAUUAUAUGGACAUCAGCGUGCUCAAAAACUACAAAAUGAAGUCUACUCGAGAAAUGGUUUGAUUAAAUCAAAGGUCGUCAAAUUUAGGAGAACUCCCAAUCCAAACGGCUUGGGUUUCUCUAACAUUAGAAAUCGUAAACCUUCAUAUUUAUAG